CUUUUGUUUUCCUUCGGAACAUUUAAUGUGUGGGACUGUCAACAAACAAAAUGGCGGCAUAGCGUAUUGUGUGGAAGCUGAAACUCCGUUAAGUCUCCAAAAGGUUGCAGGUCAUUAGAAGCCAUGGUGCUGAAAGUCUUCUUCCCACAAUGCUGCAACCUGGCAGAAAGCGGGCUGCUGGUGGGCCGCUGGAUCCCUGGCGAUGGCCACGACUCGGCCGUGGUGUUGGCUGUCAUCCACUACCCGUUCAUCCCCAGCCAGGUCAAACAGUACAUCCAGCAGAUGGAGGCCAAGAGCAAGGUGGAGCUGUCUGUGCUGGGCUCUUGGAGCUUGCCCAAGGACGGGGAGCAGGAGGGCAUGGAGAGCUUCCUGAGGGACCUGAGCACCAUGUUCCCUCAGCAGCGCUGGCUUCAGAUCAGGCGGCAGAUGGGGAAGACAGGCUUCACCUGCCAGCUCCUCAACCGCCAUCUCACAGCUCAUCAAAAGGCAAGUCAAGGGGACGUGAAGGAUGGGAAAGACGAGGAGGAGGAGGACAAGGUGAUCUUUGUUCACUACGAGCAGAGGAAGGUGAUGGAGUCGCAGCUUCAUCCCAUCCAGAACGGCCUCGCUGGGACGCAAAGAGAACCUCCGUCCGAGCUGAGACAAGUGUUCCACACGGUGGCCCACAGCCAACCACUCUUCUUCCUGGACAAAUACGACGACGGGCCCCUGAAGUCCACGCACUGGCAGACUCAGGGCCGCGAGGGCAGCAUCAUCGUGGAGCUGCUCAAGCGGGCGUCUGUGCCGCUCUGCUUGCUCCUGGCCUGGCUCCUGUCCGUGUGGACGUGGACGUGCGGCAUGCGCAUCUUGCGUCUUUACCCGCUGCGCUUCCUGUCCAGCAAGCUGUCCACCUGCGUCCAGCUGGGCUACAGGAGCCAACACCUGAAGACGCUCAGCUCGCCCAAAUCAGCCGCAGAUCACACACACUUCAUGAGGAAAGCCAACAUUUUUGUGUCCUUCCUGGUGGACGUGGCUCUGGGCAUGAUGCUGGUGUCCUGGCUGUACAAAGACCAGCACAUCAGCAUGCUGGCCAACACGCUGGUGCCCGCUGCUGAUCAUGUUGCUAAGGAGCUGGAGGAGCUGCUGCAAUGGCUGAUGGGAGCGCCAGCGGGGCUGAAGAUGAACCGGGCCCUGGACCAGGUGCUGGGCCGCUUCUUCCUCUAUCACAUCCACCUGUGGAUUAGUUACAUCCACCUGAUGUCUCCCUUCAUGGAGGCCAUCUUGUGGUAUGGCGGCCUAUCAGCCUGCCUCGGCCUGACCUUUGCCCUCUCGCUGCUCUCGGACAUGGUGGCCCUGCUCACCUUCCACAUCUACUGCUUCUACGUCUACGGAGCCAGAAUCUACUGCCUGAAGAUCUACGGACUGUCUUCCCUGUGGAGGCUCUUCAGAGGGAAGAAGUGGAACGUCCUGAGGCAGAGAGUGGAUUCCUGCUCCUACGACAUGGACCAGCUGUUCAUUGGAACGCUGCUGUUCACCAUCCUGCUCUUCCUGCUGCCCACCACCGCGCUCUACUACCUGGUCUUCACUCUGUUGCGUCUGGUGAUCGUGUUGUUGCAGGGCGUCAUCCACCUCAGCGUGGACUUCAUCAACUCUUUUCCUCUCUUCGCCAUCGGGCUGCGCGUGUGUCGGCCGUACCGACUCGCAGAGGGUGUUAGGUUCCGAGUGCUGAGUGACGAGCCAGGCACUGCUCUUCACCUUCUGAUGGAGAUUAAUCCUCUGAAGAGCAGCACGGUGGUCCAGACGUACCGCACGCCCACCUACAGCUGCUACCCCAAAGACUCGUGGGCCGCGCUGGUCAAGAAGCUCUUCAUCGGGGAGCUCAUCUACCCGUGGACGCACGAGAGCACGCCGGCCGAUAAAAGAAAAGCUGACUGAGAGAAUGAUGCAGGGGCUGAAGGCCGGCGGCCAUGCGGGAGAGGAGGAAAGGGAAGAGGUUAAUAAUUAAUGAAAUGGAAACAGAUGGACGCCUGCAGAGAGGAAAUGGAAAAACAAAAGUGAAAACAGCGUGAGGAACGCCGCAGUCGAUGGCGACAAGGAUCAAACGUUUGUGUGACUUCACAAGUACUCAGUUGUAAGCAAAUAUUCACAUGCUGCUUCGAUGAAACGAAGACCUUUAUUUUGAAAUAUUUUAUGACGCAGACCGUUGUCGUCUUGUGCGUUUGAAGGAAACCUUACAAGUACGGGACCAAUCAUGUGAGCGGUUUGCUCGCUCCAUACAGAACCAACAUUGCAUUCCACUAAUGGACCUUGUCUUUCUCCACAGCCAAGUACAACCACACACUGGAAUAUUUAGUCUUUGAAACUUGGCUAAAACCUUUUUUUCUAAUCAUGUGAUAUUAUUUAUCUACAUAGAUACCACUUAUUUUAUUGAUUAUUUUUCAACUUAAGAUGUUUUAGUUACUUAUAAGUUAUUAUUUAGCCAUUUAUGCAAAGAAAUCAGUCAUACAGAUACUGUGUUAUCUCAGAUUUUAGGUCAGUUUUAAGCAAUGAGCUAAUGUUAGUCACCUACAAGCUAAUUUGUGAUUGUAUAUAAGUAUGUAGUAUUAUUAAUAAAAGUCUUAACACUAGUUUAGAACAGGGGUGUCCAAACAUUUGCUACUGAGGGCCAAACACUGAAAAAAUUAAAGCAUGUGGUGGCCAUUUUGAUAUUUUUUAUUUUCAAAACCAAUACAAUAUAUAGAAUAUUUUUGUCUCAGGGACCCAAAAGGGUCUCAGUCAGUCAUCCAUCCAUCCAUCCAUUUUUUAACACUUGUCCCUUUCGAGGUCGUGGGGGUCUCAGUCAUAAAAAUGUUAAAAAUAAGAUGUAUAGUCCCAUCCAUCCAUUUUCUACCCCUUAUUCCCUUUGGGGUAGCGGGGGGCGCUGGGGCCUAUCUCAGCUACAAUCGGGCGGAAGGCGGUGUACACCCUGGACAAGUCGCUAUCUCAUCGCAGAAGAUGUAUAGUAUUUUUUAUUAUUAUUAUUAUUACUCAAGGCUUAUUUCUCUAAAUCAAUUUUAAAUCGAUCUGUUGAUACAGUUUAAAAGAGUGGUUCUCAAAUGGGGGUACGCGUACCCCUGUGGGUUCUUGAAGGUAUGCCAAGGGGUAAGUGAGAUUUUAAAAAAAUAUUCCAAAAAUCCUUUUAUAAAUCUAUUUAUUGAAUAAUACUUCAACAAAAUAUGAAUGUAAGUUCGUAAACUGUGAAAAAAAAAAUGCAACAAUGCAAUAUUCAGUGUUGACAGCUAGAUUUUUUUGUGGACAUCUUCCAUAAAUAUUGAUGUUAAAGAUUUCUCUUUUAGUGAAUACAUGUUUAGAAUUAAGUUCAUGAAUCCAGAUGGAUCAUUAUUACAAUCCCCUAAGAGGGCACUUUAAGUUGAUGAUUACUUCUAUGUGUAGAAAUCUUUAUUUAUAAUUGAAUCACUUGUUUAUUUUUCAACAAGUUUUUAGUUAUUUUUAUGUAUUUUUUUUUCCAAAUAGUUCAAGAAAGACCACUACAAAUGAGCAAUAUUUUGCACUGUUAUACAAUUUAAUCAAUCAGAAACUGAUGACAUAGUGCUGUAUUUUACUUAUUUUUCUCUUUUUUUCAACCAAAAAUGCUUUGCACUGAUUAGGAGGUACUUGAAUUAAAAAAAAAUUCACAGUGGGUACAUCACUGAAAAAAGGUUGAGAACCACUUGUGUAAAGUAAGAAAAAAAUGCCCUUUUUGUCAAAGAAAAACAUUUUUUAUGGCAAAAACACAAAAUAUGCAAUAUUUCCCCCCAAAAUAUUUUAAGGUGGAAUAUUUGAUGUGAAAUAAUUGGAGCUAAAAUAGGUUAGUAAUUCAGAACAACAUUGAUUUUGAUCCAUUAGCUGAAAUAGGCUCCGGAACCCCGAAAAGGAUAAACAGUAGAAAUGGAUGGAUGGAUAGAUGGAAUAUUUUUUGAUCAAUGGCAGUUUAAAAAAAAUCCCACUUAAAUUGUUGGAGAUUCAAAAGGUUGUCACCCAUAAAAGUGUUAAAGGAUAGAUCAUAGAUUAUUUUUAUAACAUUUAAAUCUCUCGUUUAAUUUCAGAUAUAUCUGUGGAUAAGUUAGUCUUUAUAAUUUUUUAUAUGGUUUUCUUUGUUUGUUUUGUGCCCUUUCUGUCAUAGAAAACACUGUCUAUUUUAUCAUUGUAAAAACUGAAAAUAUGCAAUAUUUUCCCCAGAAAAUAAUUCAAAGUGGAAUAUUUAAUGUGAAGUAAUUGAAUAGGUCAAUAAUUCAUAACAGCGUUGAUUUUGAUUCGUUUGGUUUUGAGCACUGACAGUUUAAAAAAAGAAAAAAACAGCGGGCAUUGCAAUUUUUUCUUGUUAUAUUUCACCUAUUCAUUUUUUUUUAACGAAUUUUUUGUUCCUAUUUUUUCUGUUUGUUUUUGUAACAAUAUUUUUAUAAUGUGCCGCGGGCCUUUGAAAAGUUAGCAAAGGGCUGCAAAUGGCUCCCGUGCCGCACCUUGAACACCACUGGUUUAAACCAAAUGAUGACAAGCUUUUCUAUGACAAUAAUUUAUGAGUGUGUGUGUGUUUCCUUUGUCAUGUGCUAGAUCAUUUGAAGUAUUAAUAUGAGCCAGCUGUUAAAUUAAAAAAUACUCAUACUGUUGAUUUAUGUGACGCUCUCAGGUUGAGCUUUGCCAGGAAAUAAAACUCGUACAUUACA